CCCCUCUUUGCUGGAUGCAGAACCCCCCUCCCUCCCAUGCAUGCCUCACACUAACUAUCUUCAUUUGCUUUGAAGAUCUGAGUGGAUUUCCCAGCCUAGGAAGGAUUGUGUACAGAGGGAUAUUUCCCAACCCAUAAAACGUGCAGAGAGUUUACACAGGCAGUCUGUUUCAAUCAGCCCGUGAUGGAUGUUGUGUCUCUGGGGAGAAUGAGUGGAGCUUGCAGGGCAUUUGUGUUGGGAUUCCCCUUGUGUGGGAAGGUGCUAUGGAUGCUGAUCAUUUUGCUGCAAUUAACCUUGGGGGAACCUGGAUCCGAGAGCCCUGAGUGUAAUGAGAGGAAGGAUGACCCAGCAUGUUUGGAGCUUCUUGUGGCCAGGCCACUAGCAGAGUCCAACUGCGAUGGACCUAUGGGAUGCCGGCUGCAUUUUCUCCCACCCGAGGUGCAACCAACACCUGAGGAGCUCAAGGACUUUCACCAGGAUACCCACCAGGAAUUCAAACAGACCCUAAAGCAGUCUGGCACUGAGGGGGGUACCAAGCAGAACAACCCAAAAUCCAAGAGCGUAGGGGACAGGCUGAGUGUGGUGGAGGCCAGCCUUCUCUCCCUCACCUCCAGACUGCAGAAGUUACAGGAUGAGAGUAAGGUCAACCUGAGCAAGAUAGAAGAGAAACUCAAUUCGCUGGUGGUGCUGCUCCUGGGAAUUUUAUCUGGCUGUGAACUGCCCUGUAAUGAGUCUGUUCAGAAGCUUUCCAUGCUAGAAAGCCGACGCCUCAAGUCCUUUGAGACAAAGGAAGAUCUUCCGAUGAAUCUGAAAGGUGUGAGCAACACGGGCUCCCCAGUUACAUUUUCAGAAAAGCCGGAAAGACUGUUCCCUCGUGACUGCUCAGAGAUCUACAAGCAGGGCAUCAGGGAGAAUGGAAUCUACACUAUCCAACCCAUCCCUUUAAAGCAGCCAUUUGAGGCCUAUUGUGACAUGGUGACGGAUGGGGGUGGCUGGACGGUUUUCCAGAGGAGACAAGAUGGCUCGGUAGAUUUUAACCGCACAUGGCAGGAUUACAAGCAGGGUUUCGGCAACCUCCAAGGGGAACACUGGCUGGGAAAUGAAAACGUGCACAGUCUCACCAGACUUGGUCAACACAACCUGCGCAUUGAGCUGGAGGACUGGUACGGAGUCAAGAGGCACGCAGUCUACCGCAAGUUUAAACUGGCCAGCGAGCAGAACAAGUACAGACUGACGGCCAGAGAAUACCAGGGCAAUGCUGGGAACGCCCUCAGUUACAGCCGAAACUACAACCACGACAACAAGCAUUUUACUACACAUGACAGUGACAAUGACAAUUACCCCUCGGGGAACUGCGGCAUGUACUACGGUGCCGGCUGGUGGUUCGAUACCUGCCUGGCGUCCAAUCUGAACGGCAAGUAUUACCGAGGGCGCUAUAGCGGUGUAACCAACGGUAUAUACUGGGGAACAUGGUACAUCUUAACGGACAAGAGGACGAAGCAAAAGUAUUCGUUUAAGAAGGUAGAAAUGAAAACCAGGAUUCUUAAUGUUUAAAAGCCUCGUUGGAAGGACUUGGACUUUUUUUAUAUAUAUAUAUAUGUUUUGUAUGAUUUGUUCAUGUCUAGAUUUAGGGUUAUAUUUGAAGUAAAUCAUCAAGCCAAGAAGCUCAAUGCUUUAAACAUUUUGGUAGGUAGGCCACAUUUUAAGUGGCUGUCAAUAAAAAAAAUCCAAUAUCAGGUUGUUUGGUUCAGCCGUCCCACGGGAUACAUUUAAUGCUGUAGACAUGCAAUGGAAGCUUCAUACUAUAAUACUCAUAGAAUAAAGGCUUUUUUGUUCUGGAUAUGUACCAGCCAAUAACCCCUCUCAGUCGUCCACCAUCAGUAGCAUUGGGGAAUUCUUAGCUUGGACUGAAUAAUAAUGCUUAAAGUGUAUUUAUAAGGAAGGGUUAUCUCCCUUAUAAUAGAGAGUUUAUUAUAAAGGCAUAGCUUUUUUCUGAGCACAGGACAUUCCUUUUCUAUUGUUUGUAUUUAUAGAUAUGAAUGAGAUUUCUCGUAUUGAAUGUCCCAGCCACAGGGCAGCCUGCAGUGUUAAUAUAGCCCUUUGUCAUUAUAAAUAGGCCCAUAGACAGACUACAGGGGGAGGUGCCUGGACCCUCUGAAUUGUUCAUUGCGAAAGAAUCGCUCAUUAGGCACUGAAUAUGGCUGCCUACAUUCGGAGGUCCCUGAGUGGCUAAGGGGCUUGCAGGGGGCUUUAAAAAAACUGUUGUCUCCCUCAACUGGAGUGCUCUAUUAGCCGGCAGAAACAAUUGUUUAAAAGGAGAAUUAAAGCUUACUUAAAGAAA